GGCGGGGACUGCCCUGAGGGGAGGCCCCGCCCCUCGCAGCGCGGAGCGGAGCCGCGGCGGUGGCGGCGGCGGCGGCGCCCAUGGCGGCGGCGGGCGGGGAGGCGGCGCCGGCGGGGGGCCCGGCCGAGCCCAACCCCUUCUCCUUCCGCGAGUUCGUGCGCAGCAAGGCCCGCAGCGGCGGGGAGGCGGCGGCCGCCCGCCAGGCCGCGCCGCGCCCCGAGCCCUUCCCGGCGCCGCCCGGCGGCGAGGCGCAGGACGAGGAGGAGGAUGAGGAGUGGAGCGGGAGCUACCGGCCCUCGGCCGUGGAGCGGGCGCAUCUGGCCGCCCCGCCGCCGCGGCAGCCCAGCUACGAGGAGCUGAAAGAAGAGAAUGCCAGUUUGAGAAACAGGAUCAAUAAGCUUCAGAUUUUCUCCGAAACUCAAGCAGACAAGAUGAGAAAACUUGAAAGAAAACUUGAGGAAAACAAAAUUAAAGAAGAAAAAGAAGCUCAAGAUCUAGAAGCAAUGGUGCAGCACGUGGAACAAAAUCUGCAGCUGAUGACUAAACGGGCUGUUAAAGCAGAGAACAAUGCUACAAAACUGAAACAGGAAAAUGCAUUACUUCAGGUUCAACUGAAAAAUUACAAGACAGAGAAUGAAGCCUUGAGGUCGGGCCAAUCAGCUAGUCUGACUAUAAUGAAACAAAAUGCAGAUAUUGCCUUACAGAAUCUUCUCACAGUUAUAACAAACUCUCGGUCUUCAAUAAAGCAGCUCGUCUCUGGAGCAGAAUCAUUGCAGCUUGUUGCUGAUCUCCUUAAAUCAAUAGACCGAAUUUCUGAAAUGCCAGAGGAUGGACAGUAAAACUACAAACAUGGAUUCAAAGGGAGAGCUCUGUUCUCUUACAGAAGUCACUAGUUAAAGAUUAUUUUCUCAUAUUGAA